AUGACCGAGUCGUGUGUGAGCUUCUCCAUUUUAACAGACAAAUAUGGAGAGUUGAAAAUUACUCUUGACAGUGCUGAAAAGAACUUCAGCUCGGACAUCGAUACGUUUUCCCAAGGACUUUCCCCAUCUCCAUCGAUCAAAUCUCUCAACUGCACCAAUAAUUCGGAAGAUUUGUGCGCUGGGAAGCGAAGACGUAUUGUGUCCAGCUCCACUGAAUCUCUUCUCACUACGGAUUCCUUCUUUGACAAAGAAGAAGUCGUUUUGCGUUCUUCUACCCCUGUAUCGGAAACAUCUGAUGAAACGGAGAGCUUGUCGGAUGUCUCUUUCACUUCGUGUGUUUCCAGGGUCUCUGAAUUGUCAAUAACGACAAGUUCGUCACAGGAAACUGUCACAUCGAAGAAUAUCUCUUUGAAAGCGAAAAAUGUCAACUACUUUAGUGAGAUACAUUAUGGGCACAGACGCAAGUCGAUUACUUAUGAAGAGAAAAAUAAGGAAAGAUAUGGAGGAUGGGCUGAAGGAGAUUGGCGAUCGGCGAUGAAGCCUAAGGAAACAAAGUCCGACCGUGCUAACUACAAGAGUCGUAUUCCCGCAUUGGCAGAUCGCCCAUCAUAUCAUUCUUCAUCUUCUGGUCGUGUUUAUCCAGCUAAUCCCGUUACGUACCCUACAAAAUCGUAUGUUUCAGCAGUCCCCCUUUCAGUUUCCAAUUACAAAGUGAUUUUUUCUUUCAGGCAGGUGUCCAAUCAGUCUGCGUCUCGAAAUGUUCCAUUGAAUAACGUCCAGCAGCCAAUCAAACUGAUCAUUGCCACGAAUUCCAAUGGAAACAUGAAGUUGGUUUUAAAAUAUGUGUGCUAUGGACGAGCUCAUUUUCAGAAUUCGUUUCUCAAAUCAAAAGACAGACGAGUCGUGGUCUAUUUCUGGCGCAUCGGAGCUUUCGGAAAGAAUUGA